AUGAUAAGAUCUUUCGGUGCUCAGCCAAUUUUUAUCAACCAAUUAAAGCGGUUAACACUCAAUCCAAUUAAGCUCAGCAGAAAUAGACUUUUUAGUAGUGGGCAGGUCCCUCGUAUUAGAAAAUUACCAAUUUUCAGUCCUAAAAUGGCAGGAUACGCUACUGCGACCUCAAUUGCCUUGAUUUUACCAACCAUCAAUACCGGAAAUAUUAUCCGCAACGAUACAAUUCUAGACGUCAAGCAGCGCAAUUCGCUACCUGAAGAAAUCGGCUUGCCCACACAGAGAAGGUCUCGCUUGAAUGGCAAGCUGGAUUACAGGCAACUUUGUUUAGGAUCGCUCUUGGGUGUCUUUGUCGGAAUUGUAGUAGGAAAAAUCUCUUCAUUUUUGGUAUUUGUGACAGCGUGUGGUUUGCUAAGUCUGCAAUGGAUGCAGAAUAGGGGUCUGGUAAGUAAAAACGCCACAGUGGGUCUUUCGAAAUACGUGAUCAGUACGGGCAAAGAAACUGUGGAUCUUAACACCUUAGUGUGGGAAAAGCCUAGUUUCAAAAUUUCGUUUCUCCUCACAUUCGUUCUGGCGGCAAUCAACAUAUGA